AUGAAUAUACUCACAAGGACAUUAAUCAUAACUAUUUUUUUUAAUUUACAAAUUUAUAUAGGAAAAUGUUUAAAUCAUGAUAAUAUAAAAUACAUAAAAAAUGUACCUAUGAACAUCCAUUUGAAAAAUUCAAAUGGCAUAAUAUACCAAAAAAAUAAACGUCCUUCACAGAUUUAUAGAAAAAAUACAAAUAAGGAAGCAUUUAAUAUACCCGUUUUUUCUAUUCCUAAUUAUAAACCCAAAUAUAAUACUUGCACAAAAACAAAUAAUGUAGCUUUUAUAAAUUCAAGAAUUAAUCAUGCACAUCAUAGAAAUAUCGAAGCUACUAAAGCGGCGGGAUUAAAUGCAAUAAAAAAAAUAAAAAAUGACAAAAAAUUUACUUUAUUUAAUUCUGGAAAUAGAGAUAAUAUAAAAACACAUGGACAUGAUAUUAAUAAAGGUAUAAUUGAUGAUAUAUCAACAACAAAUAAUAGCUAUUCUAAUAUAGGAAACACAAAUGAAAAUACAUAUCAAGAAAAUAAUUAUAAUAAUAUGCUAACAGAAAAAAAACCAUGUACCUUUUUAAAUAAAGCAGUCGAAGCAGGAAAAACUGUCUCCUUAUUAGGUUUGUGGUAUGUAUGUAAUAUCUUUUAUAAUAUUGAAAAUAAAAAAGCAUUAAAUAUAUUAAAUAUGCCUAUUACUAUUGCUAUAACACAAAUAUAUGUUGGUUUACCAAUAUUUUUAAUACCAUGGUUAUUAAAGUUAAGAAAUCAACCCGAACUAUUCUAUGAUGAACAAGAAUUGAAAAGAAUUAAUAUGAGUGAUCGUAAUGCCUUAAUCAAAGGAUUCCAAAAAUAUAUAUUAUUCUUAAAGAAAUAUAGUAGUAUAAUGAAACAAAGUAUUUAUCAUGGAUAUGCUCAUCUAUUAUCUGUUAUUGCUAUGGGUGCAGGUGCUAUUAGUUUUGUUCAUAUUGUUAAAGCUUCUGCUCCAUUAUUUGCUGCUUUCUUCUCAUACUUCUUUAUGAAUAAUAAAAUGUCCAUUUAUACAUAUUCCUCUUUAGUACCAAUCGUAUUUGGUGUCUCACUUGCUUCAAUAAAAGAAUUAUCAUUUACAUACAAAGCACUUUAUUCAACAUUAUCAGCUAAUGUACUUUCAACAAUGAGAGCUAUUGAAGCCAAAAUAAUGAUGGGAAAAAAUCUAGACAAAUUAGGAAGAAAUUUAACUCCAGAAAAUAUAUUUGCACUCUUAACUUUAUCUUCAGCCAUAUUCUUAACACCUGCUUUGUAUAUUGAUUCACACAAAUGGAAAGACGCAUAUGAAUAUUUAAUGAAUAAUAAAAAUGUAUUAAAAGUUUUAGGAAGACAUGUACUCAUGUCAGGAGUAUGGUUCUAUUUAUAUAAUCAAUUAUCAUUUAUUUCAUUAAAUAGAUUAAAUCAUAUUACACAUGCUGUUGCAAGCACAGUUAAAAGAGUUUUCUUAAUAUUAACAAGUUAUUUUAUUUUUGGAACGAAAUUUUCAUUCCUUGGUGGACUUGGUUCUUCUAUAGCUGUUGGUGGAACAUUUGUAUAUUCUCUUGUAAAGAAUAAAUUUGGAUAG